AUGUCAGGUGACUCCAAAGCACAAUUACAAAGAAAUGUACAAGUUUCUGAUGAGUUGAAACCUCAUUUCCGAGUGACUACAAUCAUGGAAAGACCCUAUGUCAUGCUGAAGAAAAAUCAUUAUGAACUCGAUUCGAAUUCGAAAUUUGAGGGAUUUUGUAUAGAUUUACUUGCUGAAUUGUCGAAAGAUCUUGGAUUUACUUACACCAUUCAUGCGGUAAAAGAUGGAAAAUACGGAAACGACAAAUAUGGAAAUGGAUCAUGGGAUGGAAUGAUUGGAGAGAUUCUGAGAGGAGAAGCUGAAAUGGCAGUUGCCCCAUUGACUGUUAAUUAUAGAAGAUCUGAAGCAGUUGACUUCACGAAACCAUUUUUAUCAUUGGGAAUCAGUAUUCUGUACAAAGUACCCGAUGAUCAACAACCUGAUUUAUUCUCUUUCUUGAAUCCAUUAUCUUGGCAGAUUUGGACAGCAAUUGCAUCUUCUAUCAUCACUGUCACACUUGGAAUGUAUUUCGUGGCCAAUGUAACUCCAUACGAGUGGAAUCUGAACUUUUCUUGCUGCACUGCACAUGAACCUCAUCCAGCAGCAGCUUUUGCCACCAGUCAAGAAGCUCCAAUUGUCAUGUCCAAUAACUAUAGUUUUUGGAAUACUGUCUGGUAUGUUUUGAGCACAAUGCUCAAGGGAGGAUGUGAUUUUGGUCCGAGAGCAGUUUCCACCAGACUUCUUGGAGGUACCUGGUGGGUAUUUUAUCUGGUUAUUAUUUCUGCUUACACUGCCAAUCUGGCAGCUGUUCUCACUGUUUCUCGACCUUAUAUCCCUAUCAAGAAUCUUGAUGACUUGGCAAAUCAAACUACAAUUUCCUAUGGUACAAUCAGAGGUGGAUCCACGAUGCAAUUCUUCCAAGAGUCCAGAAUCGCUGCACACGUCAAAAUGUGGGAAUAUAUGAAAGAUAAAGAUGUGUUUGUGACAAGUAAUGGAAAAGGAGUGGAGAGAGCAUUGAGCAUGAACUACGCGUAUUUGAUGGAAUCCACUUCGUUGGAAUACGAGACUCAACAAAAUUGCAAUUUGACACAAAUCGGAGGUGUUCUGGGAUCUAAAGGAUAUGGAAUAGCGUUGGCUAAAAAAUCCGAGUGGACUGACCGAAUCUCUCGGCAAAUUUUGCUCUAUGCUAAACGUGGAAUCAUUGAAAUGAAAAAGACAAAGUGGUGGAGAAGCAAAGGAGCGGCAUGCACGAGCACUGCGUCGGCUGUCAAGCAUGACCGAUUUGCACUCAGCAUGUACAACGUCGCUGGUCUUUUCAUUACUUUGGGGGUCGGAAUAUUUUUGGCAGUGAUCGUUGUCAUAUUCGAAUUGAUGUAUCGGUGUCAUCACAUCUCGAAGAAAGAAGGAAAACCGUUUUUGGAUGAGUUGUUCUACGAGCUGAGGUUUGCGUUAAAUAUGAAUUCGCUCUCCGAUCAUCGGUCUCGUCAGAAAAUGUCAAUGUGCAUGAACAAUGGAAAUGGGAAACCAAAUCAUUUGAAUGAAAACGGAAACUUGAAGAAGACGACAUUGUAA